UCCUUCCUCCCCGCCUCCUGCUGCCUGUCCGACUUUGUUGCUCUCGUGCCCCUCUGUAGUCCGUCCUGGGGAGCUGAAGAACAACUCGACAAAGUCCCAACUAUGGAAGGCGACAACAUAAUAAUGCCUGUUUGAGUCGGGGAGAUUUUCCAAGAUGCCAGGCCUUUUGUCCAGCCCUGUGUGUCUGACAGUCAUCUGGUUUUUAUCUUGGUCGCUGCAUCCCAUUCGUGCUCAGAUCCAUCCUGAUGAAGUGUUAGGCGUUCAGUAUGCACUCUUGGAGUCGAAUGUGACACUGGCAUGCAGGAAGUCACAAAUCAGGACACCUGUGGUUUGGCAUCACAACAACAGCGCCGUGUUGCCGUGGCACAAAGUCACAUCUGACGGAACUUUAGUCCUGCUGCACGUCGACCUAUCAGCGCAAGGCAACUACAGCUGCUAUGACAACGGCGGGCUCCUCCUCCACUCUGUCAAACUCAGGCUGGGCCACCGCCCCGGUUCGCUAAACAUUUCCUGUCAAGUGCCCAAUCACACGCAUGUUCGCUGCUCCUGGGUGGAAUCAGUGAAGACCUUCCUGCCAGCCCAGUACAACGCCAUCUAUAAAGUGACGGGUCAGGAGUCGAGGACAUGCAUUGUGGACGUCUCUCAGAAGCACUGUGAUAUAGUUCAUCCUGCCUACUGGAGCGACAGACAAACCCUGAGCGUCCAGGAGACCAACGCCCUCGGGUCCGAGACAACAUAUGCCCGGAUGCGUUUACAUAAGCUAUUGAAACCAAACCCUCCACAGUCGGUGUUGGUGAACGAGUUAGAAGGCUUUCCAAAGAGGUUGAACAUCUCGUGGGAGCUUCCCUCCUCCUGGCCGCAGAGCCUUGGUUACCCCCUCCUGUUUCAUAUCAGAUACAGGCCAGAGGGCUCCUUACACUGGUCAAAUGUUCUCUCCGUGCAGAGUCCAGUGGUGAUAUUGGACGUCGUGGCCGGUCACCUCCAUGAAGUCCAGAUCCGUGCGCGGGACGAGCUGGACAAUGAGAGCCUGUGGAGUGAAUGGACGGCUGUUUCUCUCUGCAGGCCGUGGGGAGGUACGAACGAUCUCAACAUGCUUCACUGAGGACUCUUUACGUCC